AUGUUUUAUAAAAUAUUAUUACUUGUUUUGCAUUCUUUUAUAAUAUCCAAAGCUGAUAUUGAUACAAGUGAAGUAGAUAAAACUAUUGAUCCUAAUGAUAUAGCGGAAGCAUUAGUUUCAAUUAUAUGUGUCGACGAAGAAAAUAAUACUCGAAUAAACGAACUGAAAGACAAAUUAAACAAAAUCAAUAAUUAUGUAGUCAAUAAAGAUAUUUAUUCACAAAUACUAACUAAUACAACUAAAGAAACAGAUUUAAACGAAACUAACUUCUAUAAGGCAUUAAUAGAAGAGGAUCAUUUUAAAUUUUUAACGGAGAAUGAUCCGAAGAGUCUUUAUUUGAAGUUGAAAGAAAAAAUGAAUAGAGAUGAUAUAUUAAAAAUACUAGCAGACAAAGCAGAAGAUAGUAAUAUAAAAGCAUCUGCAAGAAAAAUGAUGGGAGAAGACCAUUUAGAUGAUCUUGAUGACAAUGACGGCGUUAAUAUGGUUGUCGACAAACUUAUUGCAGAAGUUCCAAAUGAUAAUCAUAAAUACGAUUUUAAACGGAAUGCCAGUAUGUAUUGGGAUCCUCAAGGUGAACUUGAACAUCUAAAAGAGUACCAUCAACACGAUGGUCGCCGCAUAUUUAAAGGUGAACGGACCACCAUCCGAUAUUAUCCAUUCAUGGUAUCUGUUCACGUAAUGGGACGGUUUUGGUGUGGAGGGUCCAUAUAUUGGCAUGACCUGGUGUUGACAUCAGCAUCUUGCUUGCAGUUGAUGCACAACAACCGCUUUUAUCGUGAGAAUCCUAAAAAUUUGGCUGUCAGAGUAGGCAGCAAUCACAGCAGGAUAGGAGGAGAACUCGUAGAUGCUUUAGAGGUAUACUUUCAUCCUAGUUACAAUCCACGGACACUCAGUAAUAACAUAGCUGUAAUUCGACUGCGGUAUCAUUUACGCUUCAACUAUCAUCGGAUACCAAAAAUCAUUCCGAUAUCCCACAAUCCUUAUGGCCUGCCAGCUACAGCCGAAAUAUUACUACUUGGAUGGGGAGUCACAAAGAUCUCGCAAAAAUUGGCAUACGAACCAAUAUUUUUACAGCGGAAAUUUCUACCGGUAUAUCCUAAUACCUUCUGCAAAGAAGUUUAUGGAGAUAAAUUUAUAACGUCAACGAUGUUCUGCGCUGGUACACUGACGACUGGCGAGGGAGCGUGCGAUCACGACGCGGGUGGUCCGGUCAUUUUGGCUGGCAGACUCGUUGGCAUAAUUUCAUUUGGUCCAGCUGUUUGCGGAUACCCGAAUGCGCCCACUGUGUUUACUCUCGUGGGAGCUUAUGCCGAUUGGAUAGAAACCAUCAAUGAAACUAUGCCGGGCUACUACCGCGGAAGGAAGAGAACAACGACCACGACAAGGAGACCUUUGUUUGACUACUUAGCAACCUAUCGAAUUUCUUGC